CCGCCCAUUACAUACACUCUCGUCCUUCAGUCAUCUACUCUCUGUGGUCAACGGCAGGGUCAAGAGCGAUAUGGAAGCCGUUCCGGAACGGAACAUUAUUGAAUGGGAUGAAGCAGAUGUACAUGCCUGGCUAUCUUCGCUUGGAUACUCGCAAUAUGAAGCGCAACUGAAGGAACACAGCAUAAGCGGAGACAUACUAUGUAUGCUCCACCCCGAAACUCUCAAAGGCGUAGGCGUCGCCACGGUCGGGCAACGAUUGGCCAUCCUGAAAGCUGUCUAUCUCGUCAAAGUCGCACACAACGUACCUAUUGAACCCGAGGAUUAUGUCCCACCCUCGGAAGCCUCAGAACGCCUAGAAGGUCUCACACUGGAAAAGUUGCAUGCGAUGUUGAAGGAGCAAAACUUACGAAUGCAUCAUCUGGAGGAUGAGAAUCGACAUCUGAGCCAAACUCUACAAGUUCUCGUGGAUGAUCUUAACGCGCAACGUAGUGCUCUGGCCAAGUCGGAGGAUGCUAGCAAUGCCGGGCUUCGACGGCAGUCAUCCUUCCAAUGGGCACAGUAUGAUCGGCCCGGCAAGUCACCCACGAAACCUGAAGUAGAAUCUCCCCAUCCUUCACCGCAGCAGAUCGAGCACGAUAUUUCCUCUCGAAGCGGACACGCUGCGCAAACCGCCGCCUCCAACCAACCCGAACCGACGCGUCCUGUCACAGAUUCGCCUAAUCCUCCCAGCGCAUUAGCACCCUCCAAACCCACAAGAUCUGACAGCAACGAUAAUUUCAGAAGUUUCAAAGUUAGCCUCGAAGAUCCCACAUGGAAGGUGUUACCGGCAGCGUUGAAGAAGUAUCGCAUCAACAAUGACAACUGGGAGAAUUAUGCCAUGUUCAUCUGUUAUGGGACUGCGGGCAAUCGAACUGAACGAUGUCUGAGUUAUGACGAAAAGCCGCUACUACUCUUCCAACGAUUAAAGGACGCGAAGAAGAACCCGGUUUUCAUGCUGAAGCACAUCAAAGACAUCCGUUCGCCCAUAGCGGUCGCACAGCAGAAGCAUGCUGCGCGCAAGGCUUCCUCGGUGAUGAGCAAUGGCUCGACGGGUGCCACACUCGGCCACACCAAGGGAGCAUCCACAUCUUCCACACGACCGUAUCAGAGGCCGCCUCGUCUCGAAGUCGAUCUUGCCGCUAGCAACGGGGCGCCGGCGCCGGGAAUCGCGACAGCGAUGAGUCCUGCGCCGGGCUGGGCUGAGCUGGGAUGAUCUCGCCUUCCGUGGAGCGAAGAGGUGAAGAUUUGCUGACGAGUAGCACUGGAUUGACGGGAUCUACCGCUGUCUCGUCCUCGCACAAGGGCGCCGACCCAACCGAUGUUACUCCCAACAGCUCCAGGGAAAUGCCGCCAAUCUCCUCAUCAGGCGUGUCGUAUGCGGUGGCAAUAUAUCCCUACAUGGCAGAACAGGAGGACGAGUUUGAUGUCGUUGUCGGUGACACAUUUAUCAUCCUCUCACGCUCCCGCGGUUGGUGGGUCGUCCAGCGAGAUCCGACAGGCUCGGGUGUCGUGGAUACGGAUAACUCCAAGCAAGGUUGGGUCCCAGCGGGAUGUUUGCUGGAGACCAGCGUCCCUGUCGCUUCAGCCAUCGCAGAAGCGACGGCCGCUACCAAAUCGUCGGGCUCAGGGCCGUCCUCGCCCGAAACGCCUACGUCGAAGACACCCAUCUUGCCUCUGAGCAUCAUUUCGACCAGUUUCCCUGGAAUAGCCUUGAUGGACUACAAAAAGAAGGGUGAAGAAGAGCUUGAUCUCGUGAAAGACGACUCGCUCCGAGUAUUCAAGCGGUACAAUCACUGGUCAUAUGCUGUCAAGGAGGAUGGCGGGGAUCGAGGCUGGGUUCCGUCCUGGUUUAUCGGAAAGGUUGCGACCGGGCCAGCGACGCCGAGUACGAGUAUGGCGCCUCCGUUGGAUGAUUCGAGUCAGGCACAAGUAUCACCCAUGUCAUCAGCUUUCCCGUCUGUGCAGGCCUCUCGUUCGGUCGCAGUCGACUGAGAACGGAGCGCCCGCCUUGCUGUUCGGUUAUUACCAUAAUUCGGGCUUAAUUUUGUAUACAUCUUUUCGUUCAGUGCUCACGACCACAUUCGUUUGUCUAUUGCUUGUCAUAUGUACUACCCACCACGCCACACAUCGUUUUUACUCUGCAGUGUUCGUUCGGGACAUAUUGGACGGCUUCUGCUACUCCCCAUGCGUUCCGGCCGCCGGGGUAUACUAUAUCUCCUCCCGCCAAGGAUCGGCAGCUGAUGCCGAGCGCCCGAGCUUCUUCGAGUUCUUACACCUUCAGGACCGUUGUCCACCUUGCGGCCCUUGUGCCACCUUGGGCACGGUAUCAGAGGCUGCUAAUCACAGGAUGCCACUGCAUGUCGCGUGAACACUAGAUGCCAAGGAGCCCUGCAUAUAAAUGUCCGGGGUGUGGCGGCCACCUCAAUCUGUCCCUCGAUGAACUCCUCCCUCGUCGCAGAAACCGGGCACCGGAUCGCCGUCUACUACCAGACCCAGUACGACACCAGCCUUCCCGACAACUCGGCGUUCGGGCACUAUGUCACGACCUGCCCUUGAUUGGCCUCAUCACACACUUGAUGCUGGCCGCGUUCCACAUCAACUUCGACGACGUGUCGGUGCACUUGAACGACUUCGUCCCCGAGGCACCGUGGUUCAGCCAGAUGUGGGCCGAUCUCGCGGUAUUGCAGUCCAAUGGGAUCAAGGUGAUCGGAAUGUUGGGCGGCGCAGCCCCGGGGACAUACACCUGUUUGACCCCGCAAUACUUCAACACUUAUUAUCCGGUGCUGAGGGAUUACAUCUCAAAGUACCAUCUGGACGGGUUGGACUUGGACGUGGAACAGGACACGCCGCUCGAAGACAUCAUUCGACUGGUCAAGCAGCUGAAGCACGAUUUCGGCAAGAAUUUCAUCAUCACCUUCGCGCCCGUGGCAGACGCGCUUCUGGAAGGGGCUAACCUGUCCGGAUUCGACUACAUCCAGCUUGAACGGCAGAUCGGCCAGCACAUCUCGUGGUACAACGCCCAAUUCUACUCCGGAUUCGGGCAGUUCUUCCCCGACGACCAAUACCUCCAGAUCGUGAACUUUGGGAAAGGUCUCCAUCCGUCGAGGCUGGUGGCGACGACCCUGACUUCGCCCAACGCGGGAUUCGGAUUCAUCGGGAUUGACGAGAUUUCGAGCAGUGUCCAGGCUCUGGCUUCGAAGCAAAACUUCAGCUUUGGGGGAGUCGCGGGAUGGGAGUAUUUCGACAGUUUGCCGGGAGGAAACAAUCAGCCAUACUUGUGGGCCAAGACAAUGCAGUCGACCAUGUCGAACAUCCAGCAGAAGCACAAGGCAUUAUUAGCAGCUUGAAAUGAACAUGUUUGUGCUGGUUGGAAACCUGGGUGUGCUUUGAGUCGGAGUAAGUAAGUAGUGAGUGUGUACAUGGUCCGGUCGGGGUCAGCUGUUCACAGCACAGCUGAUGGAGGUGAUCCGAUAGCAUGAUGUGAACACGUCAAUCUUGGCCCCGGCGUAUCUUUCGUGUGUCACUAUCCUCGGACCUCAUUGCGUCUUGCGGUUUCGAGUAUUUAUUCCCGGCGCAACACGAUCGCGUCAUCAUCAUAUCUACCACACCGCAGGCACCGCAGCGUUGGGUCUCACAGCUCCCCACAUUGCUAAACAACAAAGCACCCGACUACAUUCCUUUACCACAGGACUCGGCCGGUCUCAAAUCGACUUUCCCUGCCCCGUUAGACGACAGCGAUACCGAUAUCGAAAUGUCACAGCCGUAUGGCGCGCUUGAUAUGGGUGCGGAGGACGCGACGAGCCCCUCCGGUGCGGGGGAGAGCAGUGCAUUGCUAGGCGGAGAUCGGGAUUCGUCCGUGCGGACGGUCGCGAAGAGGGAAGGCAAGGCGACUAUGGUCAGCUCAGUGAGCAAUCUCGCGAACACUAUCAUUGGCAGUGGCAUGUUGACCUUCCCUCUUGCUCUCGCUUCCGCGGGGAUUAUUCCCGGGAUGCUGACCUGCCUAUUCAGCGGCACGGUCGCCGCCUUCGGACUGUAUCUACUCUCUCUGUGUGCCGCACGGGCCCCACACCGCCGCUCGUCCUUUUUCGCAGUGGCGCAGAUGACCUUCCCCAAGGCGGCCAUCUUUUUCGACGCAGCCAUCGCGGCGAAAUGCUUCGGGGUGUCUAUCAGUUACCUGAUUAUCAUCAAAGGGCUGAUGCCCAACGUCGUUGCUGCCCUAUUCCACGACCUGAGCUCGCACAACGCGCCUGCGUGGGCCCUCUCGGGGCGCGUCUGGAUUAGUCUGUUCAUGGUCAUUCUGGUCCCGCUCGUGUUUCUCCGCCACCUCGACAGCCUGAGGCAUACGAGCUACGUCGCGCUGUUUUCCGUAGCCUAUCUGGUGGUGAUCGUGAUUACGGUAUACUACAACCCACUAGAGGGGAUGCCGGAGCGGGGCGAAGUGCAUCUGAUCCACUUUACGCCCAACUUCAUUUCCAGCUUCCCCGUCCAAGUGUUUGCGUUCACGUGCUCGCAGAAUCUCUUCCCGAUCUUCAAUGAGCUCAAGGACAACACGCAGAAACGGAUGAACACGGUCAUCGGCGGUGCUAUCGGCUCGGCGACCCUGACGUACGAAGUGAUCGCUGUGUUUGGGUAUCUGACCUUCGGGUCUACCGUCGGGGCGAACAUCAUCGCCAUGUACCCUUCGACGACGCUCUUCGUCGCCGUCGGACAGCUCGCCAUCGUCAUCCUCGUGCUAUUCUCGUACCCGCUGCAGGUCCAUCCGUGCCGCAACUGCCUGGACAAGAUCUUCCACACGGGCUCGCACGAGAUCAAGACCGUGGCGACCCCCUCCGACGAAGGCGACGACGAUGCCUUCGACGAGGACCAUGCAGGAGGAGAGAUGUCCACGCUCAAGCACACGCUGCUGACGACUGCGAUUGUCGUCUCGGGAUUCUCCAUCGCCUUCUUUGUGAAUGAUCUGCAGCUGGUUCUGUCUUUCGUGGGCUCCACGGGAUCGACGACGAUCUCGUUUAUCCUUCCUGGACUGUUCUACUGGAAGCUUACCCGAGGAGACCGCAACCGGAACAACAAGCUCAGCGUAGCCGCGCUGGCGUUGUUCGGCUACGGUGUAUUCGUCUUCAUCUUCUGCCUCGCGUUCAACAUCUAUCAAGUGGUCUAUCCCAAGGGCGCGGCUUCGCCCGGCCACUAGCGCCGCGCGUUGUCAUCAUUAAUAUUUCAGGCGUUUCUAGACCGGCAGCCUGCUUGCCAAUCGGUUCACUUCCGUUGAAGCUAAUUUGGAGCGAAAGCUCGCCAGUCUUCCAUUCAAAGUACACGCCAUGCAUGUACUUAUCAUACUCACUUACGUAGGUAAUAGUGCACUAGUGAUAAGUACACUCUAUCGGAUUCGAAUCGACAUUUAGGCCAUGCAUGCAGAUAACAAGUCCCCCAAUGCUGUGUGUGAUUAUCGAACAUGUGCCAGAAAACAGUGUCCAGUGAUCUUACGCGACGUGACUGAUAACCAUGAUCUGCCCUAUGUGAAUAUCCUCAAAGUCACGACGUCGUUAGACUUUUUGCACGCUCCCAUGUCUCGUUUGAACGACAUUCGGGACGCUAUGGAGCUCCAAUCACACACAAGCGUCCCUGGGCCGUCUUCAGGGUCUACGGAUAUCCGUGUGACCAGGGGGUUGGACUAUGCCCCGGGUCUCGAGAGGUGGGCGAUGCACCAAUACGACGGCAACGGAUAUGGGCUAUACGGACACGACUGGCGGAGUGAUUUCGAGCGCCAACGUCGCGCCGGCACCGAGUCUGCAGUCGAAGAUGGACGCCGUGACGCGCCGCCUAAGCCUUACAGAACGCGUUGGAGCUCCCGCCGCACCCAGUCUCCCAUCUGCGCGGCCGCGGCAGUGGUUCAGUAGUCGGACGGAGAUGCUCGAGAUACUCCCGGAGCUGGCGCGGGCCGUGAACGGGGUGGUCGCGGACGCGUUUGGCACACCUGCUCUGCUGCUCGAGAUCGUGGACGGCAACAACAAUGGCGUGCAGACGGCGUACGGCGAGGGGGUGCUGAGUGUGAUCAU